GGGGGGGAGCGAUGAAAAGCAUACUAAAUGAGAGGGACUCUCAUACCGAAGCGGGCAGAGGCAACCUCCACAUCCCGUAUCUCCUCUGUGACGAUCACACCUGAUCUGCAGGAGGAGCUGGAGGGCACCUUGAUCCGUGGACAUGCGCGCCCUUCAAGGACGGCACGAAUUUCGCAUCUACCCCCACCCCGCUGCCUCCGCAUCCUUGUGAAUGCUGACAUUUUUGCCCCCUGGAUUCAUUCGGCGGACAAAAUAUUCCAACCAAGAGUGAACGGGGAGGUGUGUGUACACACACACACACACACGAUCCGGCCAGAGAGAGGGAUUGAAGGAGCUGCGGGGGGGCGAGAGACGGACAGACGGAGGAGGUGCGAGAGCGGCGGGUCCCGAUGUCGGGCUUCCAGAGUGAGAGGGGGCGACAGUGAGGAGGGGGAACCUGAGGAACGCGACACGUGCGGUGGCAUUUUGGUCGACGACAGAAAAUACAUUUGGUUACGCGUACAGCUGGGCAGAUGAGGAGGCAUCAGGGACCACCGUUCAGUCCUGGGUGCAAGUGACCCUGCCUGCAAUAGGCGAGAAGUCCCAGGACCAGGGCCAUGAUUGGCUCACCUGGCCCUGGUGGGCGUGCCUUAGUGCCAGGGCCAAAGAUGUGGCGGGCGGUCCUGGCUGCUUCUCUGGUCGCCGUCUUAACUUUGACAUUGCCGGGAAGUAGCCGGGCCUGCCCGCCGCGUUGCGAGUGCUCGGCUCAGCUGAGGUCGGUGUCGUGUCAGCGGCGGCGGCUCACCAACAUCCCCGAAGGCAUCCCCACCGAGACACAACUCCUGGAUCUCAGCAGGAACCGACUCCGAUGGGUGCAGGCCGGCGAUCUGGCUCCGUAUCCCCGGCUGGAGGAGGUGGAUCUCAGCGAGAACCUCAUCGCCACGUUAGAAGCCAACUCCUUCGCCAGUCUGCCCAAUCUUAAAGUGUUGAAGUUGAGGAGCAACCAACUGAAGUUAGUGCCCAUGGGGGCCUUUGCCAAACUGGGCAAUCUGACCAGCCUGGACCUGAGCGACAACAAGAUUGUGAUUCUAUUGGACUACACCUUCCAAGAUCUGAAGAGUCUCAAACACUUGGAAGUGGGAGACAAUGACCUGGUGUAUAUUUCCCACAAGGCAUUCUCAGGGCUACUGGGACUGGAAGACCUCACCAUAGCUCGCUGCAACCUGACGUCCAUCUCAGGGCAGACCCUGUCCUACCUGCGCAGCCUGGUCACCCUGCGCCUCCAUCGCCUCGGCAUCACGGCUCUCGAGGACCAGAACUUCCGAAAGCUCUCAAAUUUGAGAGGUCUAGACAUCGAUCGCUGGCCAUACCUGGAGUACAUCUCGCCUCUUAGUUUCCAGGGUCUCGAUCUCCACUGGCUCACCAUUACCAACACCAACAUCACCUCCGUCCCGUCCGGUUCCUUCAAAAACAUGGUGCAUCUAACCCACCUCAACCUUUCCUACAACCCCAUCGCAACACUGGAACCGUGGGCCUUCAGAGACUUGCUGAGGUUGAAGGAGCUCAUCAUGGUCAGCACAGGUUUGAUGACGGUGGAGCCCCACGCCCUCGGAGGUCUCCGUCAGCUUCGGGUCCUCAACUUCUCAUCCAAUGACCUGCAGACUUUGGAAGAGGGUUCCUUCCACUCUGUUAACAGUCUGGAGACGCUCAGAGUGGACGGGAACCCUCUCAUGUGUGACUGCCGUCUGUUGUGGAUCCUGCAAAGGCGCAAGACCCUCAACUUUGACGGCAGAGUGCCGGUGUGUGCAGGGCCCGCGGGGGUGCAAGGCGUCAGCCUGAGUAGCUUCACUGAUUCCGCGCUCUUUGAUCACUUUACGUGCCAGAAACCUAAAAUACGCAACCGCAAGCUCCAGCAGGUGACUGCUCGAGAGGGCCAGCCGGUGAAUUUCCUCUGCCGCGCUGAAGGAGAACCAGCGCCCGCCAUCAUCUGGAUAUCCCCGCAGCGUCGCCGGAUCACGGCUAAAAGCUCGGGCCGCAUCACCGUUCUCCCGAGCGGCACCUUGGAGAUCCGCUACGCCCAGCUCGCCGACAGCGGGACGUAUAUCUGCAUCGCGAGUAACGCCGGGGGCAACGACACCUACUUUGCUACGCUGACAGUACGCAGUCAGCCACCGGAUGGCGCCUCGGCUUUUUUUCUCAAUCGCUCGCUGUACGGCGGCGAGUUCUUCAACGACACAAACCUGAAUAGCACUCGGGUGUUCCUCAAAUUUACCUUGGACUUGACAACCAUCUUGGUCUCCACGGCAAUGGGUUGCAUCACCUUUCUGGGGGUGGUCCUCUUCUGUUUCCUGCUCUUGUUUGUCUGGAGCCGAGGACGCGGCCAGCGCAAGAACAACUUCACGGUGGAGUACUCCUUCCGCAAAUCCGAGCCCGUCACGGGGAGCUCUUCGGGAGGGACCAGGAAGUUUAAUAUGAAAAUGAUAUGAAACAACGCAGCCAGGGGUCCCUCUGGGGAGGCAUAAGCACGUCUCAAAAACGUGUUUGACACGCGCAAACGCACACAGCCAUUGAAUCGCACCCAAAAAAAAGUUGGAGUUAUGUUGAAACAGGAUUGGAUCUGUAAAAAAAAAUCAAAAAAUCAAAUCAUGCCGUGAGAAAAUACAAAAGUGAUGGAAAUGAAAGUGCCGGGCAUUUUUCAUGCUUUUAUAUCAAUUACAGGAAUUGCAAAAAUCGGCUGAACUAUUAGGACAAGAGUGGUCUCGUUUCUGGUUUCAUUAAUGGGGGAAUUAAAAAACAAAAUCAUCUUAAUGUUUAUUUCAAUUUCCCGUAGCUGCUCUUUUGCAAUUUGAUAAAUGAAAAAAAAAAGACGACUUUUCAUUCAUAGAUUUUUUUUUUUGGGGUUGUUGUUUUUGGACGCCAUGUUUGCGUCAGACUGUCCGUUGUCCACCCCUGACUUCUACACGGGUUAAAUCCUUCAUUAAUGUUACCAUUUGUAAAAUGUACGUAGACCAUCUGAAGCGAUACAAACAACUUUUACAAAGAAUCUUUGAGAUUGACAAAACCAAAAGAGGAUUGGGCUUUCGAUUGCGACAUUAGCUGUGUGAGUUUGGGACGAGCACGCUGGCCAGCGGUUGUCAUGGCGCUCUGUGAAGCAUGUGCGCUUUGACUCCAAGUCAAGCCCCUCUGCGGACGGAACGCCACGGCAACCGAUACGGACCGAUGUAGGAGAGAGUGCGGGCCGACUGGGUCGUUUGCCACAAGUGACUUUGUGGCUCAACGAAAAAGGAUGGAGAGCAUUAAAAGCCAAACGCGUCACCUGCCAAUCGACAGGCGAGCGGUGCUCUUUUGUCCCCCCCUACCCCCCCGCCCCCUCCAGCCUUUGUCCCGGCUCUCUGCUGCGUUGGUGGACAUCUGACCUUCCAAGCGUUGCCAGGGGGGGAACAGCCUGGAUGGUUGGCACCUACUCAGAGGCAGACAGAGGACACGCAGCAGUCGACACACUGACACAUGCGCAAUCGUUCGCACACGAGGAAUGACGACACCUUGCAGUACAUGGACAGAUUUCCCCCCCCCCCUCAGGAAAAGCCAAAUUAUUAUAGUGGGUAUCUGCUCAAAUAUUCCAGCAAUAGUCUUUGUUGAGUCAUGAUGAUGAAAUUCAGUCCCCCCGAGGUAAAGCCGAUGUACAUUUACGCAUGACGAAACCAAGCCAGAGCAAUCGCGGUUGCUUUGAUGAAGUAUUUUAAAAGCCAUGCGGCAAACAGACUUUAAUUAAUGCAGCGAUUAACUUAAUUAAUUAAUCUCCUAGCGCCAUUCAUUAAAUCCAACCAUAAUCGCAUACAGCGGAUGGAAAAAGGUCACGUUUCGAAUGCCAUGUUUGUGUGAUAUGAAUAAUGAGACCAAGGGAAAUUUGUUUAAAAGCUUUUCCGCCUUAAAUAUGACUUGUACGUUUCAAUAGAAAAAAAAAGGUCUGAUUUUAGUGAGGGGGCAAGUAGGAUGAAAAGUGAUCAGGGAACUGCAAGAAUUUCUCGCAAGUACUGGCUGUUUUAUUGACAUACUUUUUAUUUAUUCUUUAUUUUUAUUUCUGUUAUUUGUUACUGCAAUGUUCGUGUGUCAUGUUCUACCAGAGAGAAAUUCCUUGUGCGUUUUUUUUAAUUACAUACUUGGCCAGCACAGACGGUUAUCAUUCUGUCACCUUCGUUCAUUCUUCUGUUAGAAAGCAAAAAAAAAGAAGAAAAAAAAUGUCCGGAAAGGCAAACGAGAGCAUCAGAAUUUCUUUGGCGUUAAUCAGAGACACCUCAAAUGGUGGCAGCUGUGUCCUUGUCCUGACUCUCAUUUAAUGUGACUUUGAAUGUGUUCGCAUCAUUAUGAAUGCAGUCACAUCAUUAGUUAUAUAUAGGGGGAGGGGGGUGCAGACUUGUGCAACCACAUUAUCUCCGGCUUUUCAAUUGAGUCCAUAUUAUAGGUCGUAUAAAUGGUUGGAAAAGUUUUGAAAUGAUUGCUCUUGGUCUACUGAUAUAUAUUUUGGUGAUAUCGCAUAAAACUGGCAUUUGAACGGGGGGGGGGGGGGGCGCGCGCGCCUUCCACAGCCACAGGCACACCACCAAACUCUGUCUGCUCUUUGUCUGUCUCUGUGAUGGCCUGUGUGCAAAUGUCUCUGCCUCUCCUAGCCCAGUGCAUCCCCCCUACCUCCCCCCCCCCCCCCCACCUUCCCCCAUACACCCCACUGGGUCCUCCUUUUGGGAGGGGUCCCUGGCUGGAGACCGUGGAUACAAAUGUAAAUGAAGUUGUGUUAACCUUACCCACAACAUCUGCAUUGUGCAUUGGAAAGUCGUACUGUGCUUUUUGCGAGUAGCUUUUCACGGAGCCGCUCUGUGGUUUCUUUCUGUCGUUCGUCCUCCGGUUUUGAUUUGCUCGUCUUUCGUCAUCCGUGAUGAACCCUUUUCGAUCUCCCGCUUCUUCCGUUGGGGCGGGGGGGCGUUCUGUUCUCAACACAUACCUGAGUUCCCUUGACAGCAAGUUAGGGUUUUGGUGGGCUGAGAUUGGCUGGAAAAAAAUGUUCUAAUCCGUCCAUUUUCAUUUCUGCUAAUCCUGCUGAGGCAUUGAAACCCAAUGUUCAAGUAACAUUGAAAUGAUUUUAGUGGAAGACACUACGCAAGAGAAAACGACAUCCCUCCUUCAGUAAGUUUUUGGCAAAUGAGGCAUUUGUCAUUUUAAAAAUCAGGAAUUAAUUCCGUUUCGACUGCUCAUGGAAACACAAGAAUAUCAACCUAUCCGACGCUUUGCUAUUUAGAAGUCGCCGUACGCUAACCAUCAUGUUUACGGCCAAGUUAAUACGUAACUUGACAUUCACGAAUGAGAAACGGAUCAACUUUCCGUAGUCCAAUUGCCUUCCCGGUGUUAAGAACAGAACUGCCCCGUCAUGGGUAUUUCCUCUUGUUUAUCAAGCCACUCGUGUUUCCAUUCGUCCGUAUUCCUCAGUGAGAAUUAGGCUUAGAAGACACCAGGAAUGUCCCGUAGUGAUCUGCGAUGGUGUUAUUGUUGUGUGCACACGAGUCAUAAUAUAAGAGUAGGUUAAAAGGGUGUGUUUUAUCGUUAUCGUCCUUCUCUGUUUUUCCUCCUCUUUGCCAUCUUCCUCCCUCCCCGGGCAUUUUGGCACCCUCCUCGUUGACGCAUUUCUUCUACGGUUCACAGUAUUAGGCUGGAAUGUGGUUGUGCGGUAGUAGACAAGUGUUCCGUGUGGUUGUUGAGUCAAGUGUCGUCAUGUUAGGAAUAGUGGAUCUUUGGAACGCUAUUAAAGCACUUGUUAGAUGGGUAAAGUUU